CUUAAUAGUAUCACGGGCGUUUACAGUAGUGUCAAUUUUAGCCCUCAAGACGAGGAACGUAGUGUGAUUAGUUACAUCGCCACAUAUACGAACAAUAUUUUUAACAAUCGGGAUAUUAACUUUAUACUCUUAUUGGCUGUAUUUCAAAGCCAAAUAUGCUUACGUUGCUGGCGUGUUACUGUAUACUGUUGGUACAUUCCACAUUUGGUCAAGAUUGUCCCAGAGACGAGGCAGCAUUGCUGGCUACAGGACGAGGAUGCUCUCCUCAGCUAUGCGAAGAGACAGGCUUGUGCGAUAAUGUUCGAAGAGAGUGCGUUUGUGACGGUAUCUGCGGAAAGACGUGCAUAUUAACACAGAGAACAGAAUAUUGUGCAGAGCUCAACACAACCGCCAUUCUGACCGUCACUAUUACCCCGAGACCCAUAGUGUUCGGGGCUUCCGCCACGUAUUCUUGCUCCACCGGUUACAUGUUGUCAGACGAAGGUGACCCUGUGCGCCAUUGUCAAGGAGAUCGCCAAUGGAGCGGUACAGCCCCAACUUGUGUUGAUGCUGUGACAUGUGACGAACUUGUGGAUGACAAUGACCUGUUUGUUGAUGUGGAGCCUUCGUCUAGGAUUAUUGGGGCUGUUGCAAUGUAUUCCUGUCGUGAUGGAUAUCGUCUCUCAAACCAGACUCUUGCAAAAAGAACUUGUCAACCAGAUGGAAAUUGGUCCGGCACCGUUCCAACAUGCAUUCGCAUAGAUGAUUACGAAUGCGGUAGGCCUAUUUUUCAAGAUUACAGGAUAGUUGGUGGUGAUCUCGUUCGAAGAGGGUCAAUUCCAUGGGCCGUGUCCUUUACACAGCUACCAUUCAAUGACCACUUCUGUGGAGGCGCCUUGCUGGACCAAAGAUGGAUACUCACUGCAGGCCACUGCGUAUAUCAGUACGUUGACAACCCUACCGGUCUAAAUGUUCGACUUGGGAAGCAUGAUAGGGAGAUCGUCGAAUCGCACGAGCAGACCUUUGGAAUUGAGCGUGUUUUUUUACAUCCAGAUUUUGAACUGGAUACACUUUUCAAUGAUAUCGCACUAGUACGUCUUGACAGGGAUGCCAUUUAUACGAAUCAUGUUAUCCCAGAUAGAGGUAACAUUUUUACCGUUGCUGGAUGGGGAAGAAUUAGAGAGGGUGGGACACUGUCAAAAUUUCUUAAGAAGGUAGAGUUACCUGUUGUUGGUCAGACGGUGUGCCGUCGAGCUCAUACAGACACUGUCACCGACAACAUGUUUUGUUUGGGAGGGAAUGAGGGUGAAGAUGCAUGUAACGGCGAUAGCGGUGGCCCAGUAACGUACCUGGACCCAGAGACCGGUGAAUGGAAGCUGGUAGGUCUGGUCAGCUGGGGAGUUGGAUGUGCUCGAGAGGGCGUCCCGGGUGUCUAUGUGCGGAUUUAUCGUCAUCACGACUGGAUGCAAAGCAUCCUGCAAUAUUAUUUUGAACCAACAACUCCAGUCGUAACGUACACAAUGCCUGUUAUAAUACAAAGUUGUACAAUACCAGAAGUAAACGACGGAGCCUUUUACGCUUAUGGUCAACUGGGUAGUAGUCCACUUGCCCCGGGAAGCUCAUUUAAUCAUGAUUACCGCGUGCAGCUCAUAUGUGAUGACGAUCACGUGUUGGGAGAUGGAUCAGGAGAGAUAACCAGGGAAAGUAUCUGUGUAGACGGUAAAUGGUCUCUUUCACCAUUCCCAAAUUGUGUACUGAUUGACAGAGAAAUGAGCUGCAGUCGACCGAACGAUGUUGCUGGUGUCGUCAUUCUGAUCAUAGGGGACGUCCCUCUUACGUCAUCACAGCAGCAGGUUUUCCAGGAGGGGUACGAAAUCAAAAUCUCGUGUGAGGAUGAGGCUCAGUUUCAUCUCAUUACUGAGAGCAUGCGUACGUGUGCCCAAGGACAGUGGUUGGGGCAAGAACCGAUGUGUGUGGUUUUGUGUCCUGUCUUGGUUGCCCCUGUCAAUGGUGAAAUAAUAGGGACGGAUUUUUAUCUGGAUCAAGUUGUUAAUUUUACAUGUGAUCUGGGAUACGACAUAAAAGGCAGCAGUGAAAGAACAUGUCAAGCAAAUCGAGAGUGGACUGGAACGGAGACAACAUGCGAACUUGUCACGUGUCCAGCACUUGCUCCACCGACGGACGGAUCCAUAGUUACUCCAGCAUCUUCAUAUGAUGAAGUCAUUGAGUUUGCCUGUAACAUUGGGUACAUUCUUGGAGGAAGUCAACAGAGAACGUGCCAACAGGACGGACAGUGGUCAGGAGAACCAACAACUUGUGUUCCUGUCACGUGUCCAGCACUUUCUCCACCGACAGACGGAUCCAUAGUUACUCCAGCGUCUUUCUAUAAUGAAGUAAUUGAGUUCGCUUGUAACAUUGGUUACAUCCUUGGGGGAAGUCAACAAAGAACGUGCCAACAGGACGGGCAGUGGUCCGGAGAACCAACAACUUGUGUUCCUGUAACGUGUCCAGCACUUUCUCCACCAACGGACGGAUCAAUAGUUUCUCCAGCGGCUUUCUAUAAUGAAGUCAUUGAGUUCGCUUGUAACAUUGGUUACAUCCUUGGGGGAAGUCAACAGAGAACUUGCCAACAGGACGGACAGUGGUCCGGAGAACCAACAACUUGUGUUCUUGUCACGUGUCCAGUACUUUCUCCACCAACGGACGGAUCCAUAGUUACUCCAGCAUCUUUCUAUAAUGAAGUCAUUGAGUUCGCUUGUAACAUUGGUUACAUCCUUGGGGGAAGUCAACAAAGAACGUGUCAACAAGAUGGGCAGUGGUCCGGAGAACCAACAACUUGUGUUCUUGUCACGUGUCCAGCACUUUCCCCACCAACGGACGGAUCCAUAGUUACUUCAGCAUCUUUCUAUAAUGAAGUCAUUGAGUUCGCUUGUAACAUUGGUUACAUCCUUGGGGGAAGUCAACAAAGAACGUGCCAACAGGACGGGCAGUGGUCCGGAGAACCAACAACUUGUGUUCCUGUCACGUGUCCAGCACUUUCUCCACCGACAGACGGAUCCAUAGUUACUCCAGCCUCUUUCUAUAAUGAAGUCAUUGAGUUCGCUUGUAACAUUGGUUACAUCAUUGGGGGAAGUCAGCAAAGAACGUGUCAACAAGACGGACAGUGGUCCGGAGAACCAACAACUUGUGUUCCUGUCAUGUGUCCAGCCCUUUCUCCACCGACAGACGGAUCCAUAGUUACUCCAGCGUCUUUCUAUAAUGAAGUAAUUGAGUUCGCUUGUAACAUUGGGUACAUCCUUGGGGGAAGUCAACAAAGAACGUGCCAACUGGACGGACAGUGGUCCGGAGAACCAACAACGUGUGUUCCUAUCACAUGUCCAACACUUGCUCCACCAACGGACGGAUCCGUAGUUACUGAAGCGUCUUCAUAUAAUGAAGUAAUUGAGUUCGCUUGUAACAUUGGGUACAUGCUUGGAGGAAGUCAACAAAGAACGUGUCAACAAGACGGACAGUGGUCCGGAGAACCAACAACUUGUGUUCUUAUCACGUGUCCACCACUUACUCCACCAACGGACGGAUCCAUAGCUUUGUCACGUGUCCAGCACUUGCUCCACCGACGGACGGAUCCAUAG